UCUCUCACUCCACAACACGGCCCGGGCCGAGUGUGUUCGUUACAGCGCAGCGCGACCCUCGAAUACCAACCGUCAUAGCACAUGCGCGAGCAGCUUUUUAAUCAGUGCCGCGAGAUGCAGCAUCGGCAGUCAAAAAUUAGCACGAUCGAAAGCUGAUGGAAUUUUGUCGAUUCGUUGAAAAAAAAAAAAUUAAUUACUUUUUUCCAAAAAAAUUGUACACGAACGUGAUUGAUUAAUUGUCGCUCGGUCGCAAGCUCCCAUUGACCGUUGAAAAAUUGUAGAAUCGAGACCAUCCUCAUCCUCCGCCUGAUUCCACCUUACCAAAAACCAUAUCGACAAAUUGACUAAAAAGUGUUCGUCAUUAUCCGAAGUGGUGCUUGCAAGUGGUGUGCCUUCGACAUUAACAUAUUAUAGUGCCGACGGAUCUGAUUCGAUCAGUUUGAAAAUUCUUAAUUUUAAGACAUACAAGAGACAGAACGACUCGUCAAGGGUCUUCCGGAGUGGACUAGACGUUGAUCGUUGGCUAGACGUGCGUUUGAGGAUUUAAACGUGAUCCCGCGGUCGGGAAACGUUCGUAUCAUUGGGUAUGUGAAUGUGAAUAAAAAAAGAGCGGUGAACGAGUUUGAAAUACAUGAGACUUCUAGCGCAGCACCUGCUUUUCCAACAGUGCAACGAUUCGCCAGAAGUGUUAUUAACUACGAGGUGAAGCGAGGAAGAAAUUGACUCACCCGUAAGAAGGAUAAUACCUUUGAGUCGAAAGGACAGUUAGGCCUCUGCCGAUUCUUCGACUUUUCGCGGGGUUUUAUAAUACCGCAAAUGUUCAUCGAGAAGUAGUACUGACUUUACCUGGUGCCGUCGCGGUUUUACGGCACCCUCGAAAGCUCCGACUUGAGCGACGGGGUGAAUCUAAAGUCGCUGGAUUAACGAUUACUCGAAAAAUCAAUCGCGACGGUGCGAUCGAAUCGAAGAGAAAAAAGAGAAGAAAACAAAUCUGAGGAAAACUUGGAAAAGUUUCAUGAAAUCAGCGGCGAAACAUGACGAGGACAUUGAGAAACAACGUCCAGGACUUUAUCUUACAGAGUUCCUUGAACCCUCGAUAUAAAAAAUUAUAAAGUUAUAUAUCCGUAGUAGUUAAAAGUUUAAUCUAAACCGGAAAACUUGAUAAUCAUAUUCCCACCACAUCUCGCAGCAAUAAAACCCGCCCGACUAUCGAAUGUUCGAAUAAUUUAUCGGUAAAAGGUCUAACCGAUAUUAGAGUCCUUGUGAAGGGCAAUCGAGGACGCGUGAACAGAGACUGUAGAUUAAUAUAUAUACAUGUAGCAAAGUGUGAAGUGUAAAAUAUAUAUUCGAAUAGAUCGAUCUCUUCGUUAAACUCACCAGAUCAUUCAACCCUUGUAGAAACCUUAUUUAACGAAGGGGUGAAAAUUUACUGAAAAAAUUUCCCUCGAAGGAGUCGAUAAGUUGACUACGUCUUAGGGCGGGUUGGACGACGCGCGGCAGACGCCAUCUCCGCGUCACCGGCGUCCCUGUCCCCCAGCCCCCUCCCUGCUGCUGUUUCUCGCCCUCAACCCCAAGGCGGGAACCACCCCGCGACAGCAGCAACCCUGAUGGGGGUGUAUGAGGAGCGCGCCCCUCCGACCACCGGCAUGCAUUGGCAGCCUCCAACCUCCCAGGAGCGAGGAAGCGGCUUGGGUCUGGGGUGCCAAAGUGGUCCAGGAGGUACAGCGGGGGGUCCGAAUUCGGUGGACCAGGCACGCGACCUUUCCCCCUGCCUUCCCGCGUCGAUGGGUGACGCCGCUCGACCGACGACCUUACCUUGCAGUCCUCCGAGCGUCCAUCACCACGGUUCCUCCCACCACGCGACGACGACCUCCCUGCAUCAGACGCACUGCGGACCGAACAACAAUUGCUACGACGGUACCUCGUACAACAACGAAUCGUCGAGGGAGUACGCUUCCUCCCCGAGGGGCGAAAGGACCCAGCAGUCCUCCCCCGAAGGUUUCAGAAUCAACGCCUAUCCCUCGUCCGCCGGAUGCGGCGGAGGGGGCGGAGGUCAGGAUUAUCACAGAAGCGGCUACGAACACCAAACGAACAUCUCGAUGGCCCCCCACGCCGUUCAUCACCACCAACACCAGCUGCAGCACAACCAGUCCCACGAUCAUCAUCACCAUCAUCAUCAUCAUCACAUUCACCAAACACCCGAGCAUCUCAGAACAGUGCCAAAACUGGAACCGCCGAGUCCCACGCCUCCCUCGCAUUCGGAGGACCCUACGCCACCCGGAAUCGUACUUUGCGCCGGUUGCGGCCUCAGGAUAUCGGACAGGUUUUACCUGCAAGCGGUGGACAGAAGAUGGCACGCCGCGUGUCUACAGUGUUCGCAUUGUCGGCAAGGACUCGACGGAGAAGUAACAUGUUUCAGCAAAGAUGGGAAUAUUUACUGCAAAAAGGACUAUCAUAGAAUGUUCGGCGGCAUGAAGCGAUGCGCGAGGUGUCAGGCGGCUAUCCUCUCGUCGGAGUUGGUGAUGAGAGCGCGCGAACUGGUGUUUCACGUGAGGUGUUUCUGCUGCGCGGCCUGCGCUAUCCCUCUGACGAAGGGCGAUCACUUCGGCAUGCGGGACGGCGUCGUGCUGUGCCGACACCACUACGAAAUGGGCGCCGAUCUUCAUCCCGCCCAGAGUCCACCUGUACCGGCUUACCCUCCGGGACCGCAUUAUCCCAGCCAGCCAUUCCCCUCGCCAGAGUUCCUCAAUCACCAUCCCCACCCCCAUCCGGGACACCCCGGACACCCCCAUCAUUCGAUGCACCCGCAACACCCCCAUCAGCACCCCCACGCCAGUCCCGUUCCCCUCCAACCCCAAACGCCCUCGGGACCUGACGGAGGAUCGCCGCCGAAAGUGCCCUAUUUCAACGGCGCCGCUGCGGGAGUCCCACCGCCCAGACAGAAGGGAAGACCGAGGAAACGGAAACCGAAAGAUCUGGAAGCGAUGACGGCGAGUUUGGACCUGAACGCCGAUUACCUGGACAUGCCUUUCGGACGGGGGGGUCCGGGAACGCCGGGUAUGCCGGGAUCGAACAGCAGGACGAAACGAAUGAGGACGAGCUUCAAACACCAUCAGUUGAGAACGAUGAAGAGUUAUUUCGCGAUAAAUCACAAUCCGGAUGCCAAAGAUCUCAAACAACUGUCACAGAAGACUGGAUUACCGAAGAGGGUACUUCAGGUGUGGUUUCAAAACGCGCGUGCAAAAUGGCGACGCAUGCUUCAGAAGCAGGAGGGUAAAUCCGACAAAUGCGGCGGUGGAGUGGACGGUGGUUCUCUGGGUGACCUCGAGCUCUACGGGAGCAGCGGGGGCAGCGGAGGGCCUCCGAUGAGUCCUCCGUUCAUGCUCGGAGGACCCCACAGUCCGGCAUCCUUGGCGUCUCUAGAUUGCGCGUGAUGAGUGAAUAUUAAAAUUUAUUGCGAUCUUAAACUUCCGCGUUUCGCGUGUCCGGAUAUCCCGCUUAUUUUCAGUAAGUGACUCGUGGAGUUUUCCGAUGUAAAAAGAAUGUGGAGAAAAUCGAACGAAGGAAUGAAAAAAGAUGAAUAAAACGGAUAAAGACUUUUCGACUAGAAAGAACGGUCAGAGAUACCAUUAAUUGUACAUAUAUAUAUUAUAUAGAUAACGUAUUAUGUAUGCGCGACUGUAAAAUAUACACAAAUGAUUCAAUUUUUAGAUAUAUAUAAUUAAUAUUGUGUAUCAUCUUCUAUAUUUUACAGUAUCAGCUGCGUUUAUAUAUGAAACGUUUUGUGAAUAUUUAUUAUUUAAAUAUUAAAUCUUUCGUAUAAUAGGCUGGCGGGAAGAGAAUUAUGUGAGAACAAUUAUCAUGUAUAGAAGCGAAACGAAAUAAAAAAAAAUAAUUAAUUUGUAACAUUAUUACCGUUCUAAAUAUCCUAAUCGAAAAUAACAUACGUACAUACAUUCAGAUGUGUAUGGUCGUCUCCUGCACGUGUAUCGCUUUAGGAUGAGAUCUGCGACUAACGACGGAUAAAUUUUCUUGUAUUUUAUGACGAACGUAAACGUAAAUACCUAUGCACAGUGACAUAUUAUAUUUAUUUAAAACCCUCACGAAAUACAGUCAAUAUCGGUUUGAUCGUUGCUCCGCGAACUUUUUUAAAACGGAGGAAAAAACCGAAAAAGAAAUAACCGUGAAACAAAUCAAUUGAGAAGACGAUUAUAUGAAGAGAUAUGUACGAAAGCCCCGUUUUGGAUUCAAGUUAUUAUUAAUAUUAUUAUUACCAUUUGUCACGAUUAUUCUUAUUUUAUUAUUACUUUUAUUAUUCGCUAUUAUUGUUAUUAUUAUUAAUAUUAUUAAUAUCAUUAUUACCAUUAUUUAACGAAACCCAAUAACGAUCCAAGCAAUAUCAAUGAAUUGCUCAACGUAUGUAUAUUUAAAUAUAUAUAAAAAUGAGAACGGAAUAGUUCAAAAAUAAUAAAAAGGCAUAUAGUUGAUGAAAAAAUCUACGUUGUGAAAUACGUACCGAGCAUAUGAAAGAAAAAGUGGUUACCGUGGCCCCUGCUGAUAUACAUUUAAUGAUUCCUUAGAUUUUCAUUCUUACAUAAUUUUUUCCGUUUUCUUUAUCAUCGAACAAAAAUUUUAUUUCAGAAUAAAAUCGGGUGAAGCGUGAACAGGCUGAGCUCGAACAUGGCGGUAACCAACAAUAUUCCAUUUGAAAUUAUCGAAUGAUGAUGAAAAAUGAAUGGAGAAAAAAAAAAAGAAAUUUCGUAAGAGUCAACGUACCAGCGAUGGGGGUCACGUUACACAUUUUCUCCCUUGAAAAAUAGAAAAAAGAGAAACUUUUUUCGACGUAUUUUGUGUAUAUAAAUAUAUAUUAUAUAUAUAUACAUAUAGAAAUGAUAUGUAGGUAUAAUGAAACGUUCCUGAUUUUUCUUAAGCACCGCUAGGCUUUUUACGUAGGUCUGAUUUUUAUCGUAUUACGGAUACUAGCAUUACUAAAAUUAAUAACGAACAUUAACUAUCCUUGUAAAUUAUUAGAAACAUAUUAUACCUACGUAUAUAAUACACACCCUAAUACAUACAAAAAACCAGCUAUACACGACACAAACACACCGCGGAACGAUUGUCUGAAUUUACAAGAUGAUUUUUUUCAUUAAAUAUAUUUUACAGUAUAUAUAUAU